AUGCUAUCGAGCACGCUUGCCGCGACGUCUUCCGCUGGAAGCGGCGUCGAUUCGACCGCCCUCUACCAGUCCGCCAACACCGUUCAGGUACCUCUUUUCCCCGAUUUCCGGGUUUUUUUUUUGCUAAAAACCUAUUUAAUUGGACUGAUAGAAGCAUUUUGAGCUCUAGAAAGGUUUAAGGAAUUUUUUCCUAGUUAUUCAGUGAUUUGUGGAAAAAAAAAGUGAAAACGGGUUAUUACCUCACUAUAAAUGUAAUUUAUUUUAUUUUAUAGAGAGAAUGCACCAAGUAAGAAAGGUUUUGCGUGUUUUUUUAAUAAGAAAAUGUGUAGAAACGGCGAUUUGAUAAUUUUAUAAAAUAAGAGAAAUAACUUUUUGAAUUGGAAGCGCUCAAGUUUUUAGUGGAAACCAAAAUCUAUUUCGCAAUUAUUUGGAAAAAACAUUUUGAGAACAUUUUAUAACGUCGACUUCAAAUUUUAAACACAAAAAAAGAGAAAGUUCUCAUUUUUAAUUCUUGAUUUUUUUUUAUGCACUGAGCGCAUUUGUGUUAUUUUUCAAGUCUCAAUUUUGCCAGAAUAGCCCUCUGAGAAACCAAAGUUCGACGCUCUAAUGAAAGAAUUUGAAUGAAAAGAAAGACGCGCCUGCAUUUGAUUAAAAGUACGAAAAAGUAAGGGGCCGUUAUCUCAUCGAAAGGAUUAAAGAUUCUUGCGCGUUUCCGUGUACGGAUGUGUAACUCGAGCCGCGGUUCUUGGGCCUAAUCCGCCGUCUAGUUAUAUCACAUUCAUUCAACUUCCAGGAGAAUGUCCAGAAAUUUGUUCCACAUGAGAAUUUUUUUGAAAAAGAUGUUUUUACAAGUGGAAAUUCUUUUCAAACCGUGACACGCCGCCGCCUUUAUCGCCAUUGCUCAUGACGUUUUCGAAACGCGUAUCGCCUUGUACAGAUUUCACAACAAUCCCCUCUGCAAUGUAUAUAGUUUUGGGUAUUUUCGAAGGAAAAAACAAAAACAGCCCCUUUGAGACUCACCAAAAAUUUUGCACGUUUUGGAAGGCUACAGGGAACUUUGAAAAGUAUUUUCGAGCUAAAAGUGCAUCAUACUGAUAAAAAGUCUUUUGGUUGAUAACUGAACAUUUUCGUCAUCAGUUGGCUCGCGUUUCUUGGCGUCAUUUGAAUUUUCCUAUUCUGAUUAAUUUUUGUCAGCUUUCCGGUUCUUUCAUUCAUUUUUUGAAUAUCUUUAAGUUUGAAAAUUCGGGCGCUGAAUUUUGAAAAAAAGGAGGGGCUGAAUAUUAUGAUGAAAUUUAUCAAGAUUAGCCGACUUUUUUGGUUCAUUAGAUGUUCUUCUAGUUUCCAUAAAAGUGCAGCCUGACUAGAUUGAGCUCUGUUUUUUUUAAACUUCUCUAUAAAUAACUAACCAUUUUUUGUUCUCAAGGUACCUGAAAAAAAAAGCUCUAAUAGAGCAAGGCUACCCUGAAGAAAUGACCACGUGGCCAAACAAGGGAAACGAAGAUUUCCGUGGGAAAAAGGGCCGAGAAUCAAGAAGCCAAAUAUUUAUUUAUUUAUUCAAACCAUGGCGUCGUGUUGUGUAUAUUUAGUUAACGUCAUUUCCCACUGAAGGUCGUCCUCAAAUAUUUGAGAGCCGCCUUUUUUCGGAGUGGAAAUCGAUUGGGAUAUCCCUUAGAAGUUCAAGCUCUAGUUUAAUGAGAAAAAACGAAAAUAGGAAGAAACUCAAAGGCGAUGGCUACGGUAACUCGGAAGGACGGCCGGCGAUAGAAAAGUAGGCGUGGCCGGGGAACGACGGGCGGCGCAGUCGCCUUUUUCUCUCGCCAAAAUACGCCCACGCACAUCCUCUAAAUCAGAUCCUCAUUAAUCAUCUUCUUUUUUCGAUUACUGAAUUGUUGAUGUGUAAUUUGUACAGGUUUUACAGGGAAUGAGCGCCCAAGACUAUGCGUCGGUCCUGCCGUCGUACUCGUCCAACGCGGCCGCUCUCAACUACCCAUCUUAUCAGGUAAUUGGAGAAUUUCGAAAGGAUAGACAGUAGAAAGUUUUUGGAGAAGGUGUUUGAUCCGGAUAGAAGAAGUAGAGUCGAAAUUCUGGUAUCUGAAGGGUUUUCUCUCUAGGACUUGUAUUUUAUCCAGCGCAGAUUUGAGACGUUGUUUUAGAAAUUUAUUUAAAGGAGUAGUGACAAGAAAUGCGAGAGAAGAAAUUCAGACCGUUUUGUAGCUUUUUGUCUCAACAAAACCUGAAUGAAGUAGACAGAAUUUUUUUUGAGGAUCAUUUUCAUACAGAUUUUUGUGGGAUUCAGCUAAUUUUAUGUUACGAUUAAUUUUUGAAGAAGUUUGUUCCUGUAAUAUAAACCAUGGUCCCAUUUGUUAACCAAAAAAAGUUUAAUUUAAAAAAAUUAGAAAUCAUGAACUCUUUCUUGAAUAUCUAGAAAAAAAUAAUCUCAAAAAAAAGAAAUUGAAAUAGUGUACUUUACUUUUCAAUCCUUUGUUUUUUUCCAAUUAGGCCUUCUCAUUAUUUCAAAAUGAUUCAGUUCAAUUAAUUUCGAAUUGAAUUUCUAGCUUAAUUGAGCAUGACUUUUCAUCAUUCCGAAUCGUGUUUUGGAUCUUUUUUUUUCUCGAGCCCACUUUUCCAUCUCAUCUUUAUUUUAAAAAUUGAACCAGUCCCAUUUCGAAAUGUUAUUUUCAAUUGAAACUAAUCAUUGACUGAGAAUUGGAGGAAUCUCACGGGGCGGCCUUAUCAUUUGCAUUCGAAAGGGAGAGAGGGCGAAAAAAGAUGAGGAAUAGAUUCAGUAUCCCACGGCGAAUGGCCUGAACACGCUCGCCUACAACACCUACAACCAGUACGGCAACUCCCCUCAGAUCAACAGCACCUACGGAGGAUUCAUGCCCGGCGGAAUCUCGCCUCUCGGUUCGUUUUUUUCUUCCUCAUUUAGCCAUUAGAGUGAACAAAAAGUGUGCUUUCCGUUUCUAAGGUUAAACAAGUUUUUUUUUAACUUUUGAAAACGUUUUUAAGUUUUUUUUUUAUUCUCUUUUUUUCAACAUAUUUUGUUUAAUUUGUAGCGAAUUGAACCUUUUCUACUGUUUCCGUUUUUAUUUAUAAUAAUUCAAGACUUUUGCGCCUUUAAUAAGACUAACGAAUAUUCUUAUAUUGAGACGUGUCGAAUAAAGAUUUCGCGAUUAUCAUGGAAAGAUGAUUGAAAUUUGAUGAUUCGUUAAAGAAUAAUUCUUGUUAACAAAAGGAAUUAAAUAGAAUGUAUUUAAUCUCUCUUUGAAUUUGGUAGAAACUCUAUUGAAACUAACUGUUUUCACUUCUCAUCUUUUUUCCUUUUACAAUCUGCACUUCAAUUCAAAAACACUGCAUCACCUGGCCAGGGACAGUAUUUUUUGAGUAUUUUUCGGGAAGGGCAUUGAUUGGCCGGUCGCUCCAGGUUCCUUUCCUUUGCCACGGCAAAAUAUCGAUUCAUUCCCUCUCUUUUUUCAUCCAAAAGGGGACGGACCGACGAAUGAAACUUGAUAGCUUCAUUUUUGGGCGACUAUUCUUCUCUUCCUCAUAUUUUCCGAAUAUGUUUUGGCCUAUUAAUUGGAAUGGGGAAACGAGGCUUCGGAUUUUUGUUAUAUUAGUUUUUUUUUUGCGCAGAAAGAGAGUUUGAGAAAAAAAAAACACUUGGGUCUGAAAAAGCGGGAAAGAAAAAAAAGAUUUAUAGUAUCAAAUCAGUUAGUUUGGUUUUUGAAUGGUCUUGGCUAGAUCAAGGGCUGAUUUAACUACUUCUCAAGAAAUUUUUAGAAGUGAAUUAUUUUCAGUUGUUCUAGGCUGCUUCAGAUGAGAAAAUAGGUUAAUAGACGAUAUUUCAGGAUCAGCGUUCGCUGGAACAGGCCGAAGCGCCAGCACCGGCGGCUCUUCGACCAACUCGGCCUCGGUUUCUGUGUCGGCGUCCGUGGCGUCGCCGUCUCGCGGAACCUUCGCCCCGGUCCAAGGCGGCGGCCAAGAACUUACCAAUGCCGAAUUUGUGAGUUUGAGACAAACUGAAAAAGUUUGGUUAUUUUCUCGACCUGUCCUUCGGGUGAAAAAGAAUCAAGUUUAUAAUUUUUUUCGAAGUAGAUUAGACCAGCUACACUUAUUUAUUUUUGAGUUUCUUUUUCGAGAAGUGUCUUCAUAAUCUCAACAUCAUGAACUGACAUUCAGGAAAACGUGCAAGCGAAGAUCCGCCGAAACGGAUCGUACGGCUGCGCGAAGCCGCCCUACUCCUACAUCUCGUUGAUCACGAUGGCCAUUCAGAGAAGCGAGUCGAAAAUGUUGACCCUCUCUGAGAUCUACCAGUGGAUCAUGGAGUUGUUCCCGUACUACCGCCAGAACCAACAAAGGUCAGGCCGAGGGUUAGCUUCACUACUCUUUUUCUCUUUCUCUCUGCAUUUUUUGACUCUUUCGCAUUUUUUAAUAUAUAGGUUGAUCUGAAAGUCUCGUGAAAAGUUUUUACAGUGGAAAGGCCAAAAAAAAAUCAUCAAAACUACAGAAAGUUGUUAAGCUUUAUUUUUCCUAAAAAUCCUGUUAAGUUAUCUUUCUCCGUUUAAAAUCACAUAAGCGUAUAAAUUUUGGUUCCUUCUAUUGUUUUUGAUAAUAACUAUUCAAAAUUUCACAAACUUAAGGAAGUUCCACUUUUAAGUAGCUGUUAUAAGAGUUUCGGAUCAGUCUAGUGAUCCUCUGAAAAGCGGGGAACCAUUUCCAAUGCUUCCAAGUUUCUCAGAGUAUCUUUUAAGCGUUGUUCCCCCAAACAACACCUGAACUCCUUCAUUUUAAUCUCUCAGUCUUCUUUGUCCUUCUGAGUUCCCCUUAUUCAAGAAUCUGCUCUUGCAGAUGGCAGAACUCCAUCCGCCACAGCCUCUCCUUCAACGAUUGCUUCGUCAAAGUCCCACGGUAACUUUUUCCGUCUCAAAACUCAUUGAGAUAACGAGAAAAGGAAGCGAUUCAAGGCCGAAAUCGUGCAAAGUUCCCGACCGAUCUAUAAUACCAUAUAAAAUGGCGUUGUAUUGUCUUUUUCUCGUUUUCCGGCCGCACAUUUUUUAUGUUCGAAACGCGCCAUUUGUUUCGGAAUCACCAGGCGGUGGUUUCGAAAAAGGUGCUAACAUUUUUUUUUCGUAGUUCAAGUUGGGGAUCAGCUAGUGAGAUCAUUCGGAAUGAAGCACCUUUUUUGCUUUUUUGUCGAAAACUGUUGUAGAAUUGAAGGUUGAGGGUAAAGCUCAAACCCUGGAAUUUUUUUUUCGACGAAAUCACUCUAGUGGAUCAAAUAAAGACCGCUUGAAACUAAAAGGGAAUGCUCGACUUAACUUUUUUCUUCAUCUUCAGAACUCCUGACAAGCCGGGCAAGGGAUCUUUCUGGACGCUUCACGCGUUGUGCGGCAACAUGUUCGAGAACGGCUGCUACCUGCGGCGCCAGAAACGCUUCAAGGUCAAGGAGCGCGAGCCGAGCCGCAAGAAGGUGAGAAUACUUGAACCAUUUGGAGACGAGUGCGGGCAAAUGAGUGAUAUCCUUCCCGAAAUAAGUUCUUCUGGAAACGGGGGAUUUGCAGAGGAACGCCAACGCCAACUCCCAGCAGCAGCAGAGCCAGAAUCAACAGGCCCAACAGUCGAAUAGCGACUCCACCAACGGACUUUCGGCCGUCAAGGAGGAGUACGCCGACAUCAAGGACGACAUCAAGAACUCCGUCGAGGCUGGCCUGUCCAACGAGGUUCGUGGACAUUGAAAGGAAGAACUGGGAUAGCUUCUUCUGGAAACAUUUGUGUUGAGGAAGAACUCCGUUUUUUUCGUGAAUUCCGUUCAGAAAGAAGUUACAAAAAGUAGUACGUUCGAUUAAGCUUUUGAGAUCUUUUGAAUGACAAGAUUUCUUCUUCAGAAGCGCUUUAGUUAUUUUUCAAUUAGCAUUUUUUCGGAACAUAUGUAGUUUUUUUUUUCAUGACGUUUCUUGCAGCAUGUUUUCCUUUGAAAAGUUCAUUUAACUUCGCGUCUCAAACCAAUUUUUGGAAGUUUUGAGUAUAACUUUCAAAAAUAGUUUCGAAAUAGUCACCGGAAAGUGAACAAAACAGGAACCAAAAAAAAAAAAAUCUAUUUUGAUCCAAAAUAUUAUUCUCGUUUCUCCAGCCAAAAGACCUCGCCGAAGCCUCUCUUUGCACGACUUCAGCCCACAGCCAGCCGACCUCCGUGAUAUCCACCGUCGGUUCCCUCGGAGCCCAGUCUCAGGUACAAUAUCUUCUAUCUUUUAAAAACCUUUUUCUUCUUCAUUAUCAAACAAAGCCGGAAAAGGGAACUUGCGCAGGUGCAAUUAUGUAGGGUCAAAAAGGCCAGGUGCCAGAUUCAUCAAUUCUCAGUGACAAAGGGCCGCAAACAAGUUGGUUCUACACAGAGGAAGACCGUAACCGGUUCUUCUUCUGGCUAAUUGACGUCGUCGUACGGUAGAGUAGGAGGGGCGUCGUAAUCAUUUAGCACCGGGGAUGAGGAUGACGUAAGUUGGACAAACAACCCAUUGCGUGAGGAGCGUGACACCUCCGUCAUUCGGUCGUCGGAUUGGCGAGAAGGUUUCCUAAUUAGGUAAUGGGGUCAGGAGCGAGGUGUAAAGCUCGGCUUGGUGUAACUUGGCGGAGAAGAUCUUCUCGAAAUGAAAUGUUCACAAGAAAAUCAUUCUUUCAGUCAGGAGGUGAACAGAGGUCUGAGGAAGUUUUUGAAGUAACUGGUCGUUUCUUUUUCUUUUUUUUGGAUUUGUCACGGCUUUUCCAAAGAAUAUAUCCACUUUCUGGAUAUCUAGAAUAUCCACGUCAUUGCAAUCUUUUAAAAUGCUUUCCUUGCAGUUGAACAUGAACCAGUACCAGUACAACGCCAACCUCUACGGCGGCGCGGAUUUCUCCUCGACGACUUUACCAGCCUUGUCGAUGGGCACGUUCACCAUCAACCAGCUGAUGGACUCCUCCAAGGCCUUCGACUACAACCUCUACAACACCGGCAUGUACCAACAGGCCAACGGCGCCGCCACCGACUAUUCCGGAUACCCGCACACGCUUUAUAGGUUCGUUUAUGGAAAAGAUGGACUCGGAUGAGAAGAUUCUGAAGAAGAUAAUUUGAAAAAAAUCGCUACGAUUUGAAAAAAGUUUCUUGUAUUUGGGACGCGUGCGGUCGCGAAGCGGUCACGUGCACUUAUAUUCACAGUAUUUUGUUUCAACAUUCAGCAAAAUUCAAAAACCCUGACGGUAGGAGAACUUGAAACCGCUUCGCGACCGCACGCACCCAGAAUUGGGCGAUUUAGUUUUUUUUUUUGACAAUUUUCCGCUCGUCUCAAUUUUUGAAUAAGACUAAAAUAGUUGGUUUACAUCUCUCCCAUUAUUCCGGAUGACUUCAGAAAAAAUGAAAUAAUAUUCCCCUCACAUCUUUUUUCAAUCUUAUUUCUUUCAGCUCCACCAAUCCGAAUUCGGCGGCAAAUCUUUAA